AGUAGCUUAGCUCCCGAUGACGCGUGCGACAGUUUUUCACCUCGUCCCUUGUUAGGCGGUAAGAAGCGUGUAUGCGCAUACAUGUCAGGCAUGCUACUGAGAUCACGUUCUGCUACGCUAACGAAGUCGUCAGUAGAAACGGCGUUCUAACAAGUUUUCAGAAGAAACGGAAAACCAGAUUUGUCUCGGGGCGAGUUCUGCAUAUAAUCCAGUUAACAGAUCAAGUUCAACUGAAGCCUUUAAAUACAUGGAGCAAAAUCAAAUCCCGCGAUAGUUCGGUUGCCCGGAUCAUUCGCGAGUGACGUGCCUGAAUACGCAGCGUCUAGGAUUGCAAGGUGUCAUGAAGAUCAUCUUAAUCCCAACGGUCACGGCUGCGUUCCUGCUGUAUUCAGUGAUGGCGGUAGGAAAUAGACCGACAAGACUGACUGCAGAGGUAUCGAUCGGAUCUGAAACAGAGCGUGACGAAGGUCGGAUCUUCGCAUCGAGAGAUGGGAAUCCGACGAAUUUGAGAAAGCAUCCAAGCACAUUCAGAGCAGCGAGGAACUCACGAAAACCGAGGAUUUCUGCUACUUUGAGACAAGGAAAGCCUUUCGCCCUAAGUGGCAGAUCCUCUCAGACACCGAAACUACCUUUCGUCGGGAAAUCCCAACAAAUUCGUAGAUUAUUCGUUAGCGGACCGAAUAAGUUUGACGCUGUACUUCUGGAGCCGGCCUUUCGUCUGGCACCAAAGCAAGGAUUGUUUAGCCACGUGUUCGGUGAACGCCACGAAUCAUUGGGACCAUUGAUUGGUCCUCUCAAAAUGUCAGGGAUUGGUGAAAAAGUUUACGUCCGCUUGUUGGAGCCGUCGGAUAACGAGGCUGCGGAUCACGUGACGGUGCACCUCCUCAUGCCAGGGAAAACCGCGGGGAUCUUGAACGAAAUUCAGGACAACACUGACUUCGAACAUCCUCGUCAUCCGGAAGCGUCGUUUUCUUAUCCUGGAAAAGCGAAAUUCCAAAAAUUUACGACCUUUCCUACCAUUCGAAUGAGGGGAUCGAUCCACUCGAGUUUCAAUGGAAGGCCGCUCACAGACCAAUCCCCUGAUCGUCCUAGCAAUAGACCUACCUUCAAGGUCAAAUCCCCCCAUUUCAUCAGGAAUGAAAACCAUCCUACGGUUUUUAAACAGAACGUCCAGAGUCUUAAAAAUAUUCGGCCAACAGAGUUCGACAUUCUUCCUGCCGAGCAUCUCGUGGCGCCAAAUCAUGACAAGCUUCCGGUGGCUCGAUGGCCGGUGGAGAACCUAGUUGAUCUACCGAUUUAUCCUCCUCUGUCCUUGGGGAAACCUAAAGAAGUCGCUGACGAUGGACGUGAUGCCAAGAUGAAGACCACGGUCAACACGGGUGUCGCGGAUGACGGAAAACAGUCUGCUUCUGGGAAUGGCACGUUUUUGCAGCUUCGGGAUAAUUCUGCUUCCGGUGAAGUGAAACAGCAAUCGGUUAACCUUCCAAUGAAUCGUAAAGAGGAAAUGAAGAUUCGUAGAAAAUUUGUCAAAUCAGUCUUCAUAGACAAGAUUCCGUCACGUGAUCUUGUUUUUCAUCGUCAAGUUUCGUCACCAGCUUCAAUUCUGAGGAUCGCGGACACUGCGGAAGAUCAUUCCAAGCUGGCGGCGAUUCCUCAGGAAGAAUGGAGAGGUCUGAAAUAGCUGGGAACUUCGA